AGAAAUGUGUGCAUGGAACGAUUCUUCCGUGCAUCUUUCUGCGCAUGCGUGCGUCUGUCUCACUGUCACCUGGAAGAUGGCGGCGUCCGUGUACAGAGCCGGGAGUGCUGCGGGCAAAACCUUCUUUUCCGCCCGUUCGCCUGCAUUGUUAUGUCUGAAGAGGAAUCACAGUGCACUGUCAUAUGCGCAAACAUUAAGCAACAUUCCCGAUACCCAGGUCAGCACUCUGGACAACGGACUACGUGUUGCUUCUGAAGAAUCUGGACAGCCCACAUGUACAGUUGGUGUUUGGAUUGCAGCUGGAAGCCGCUAUGAAAAUGAAAAGAACAAUGGAGCAGGAUAUUUCUUGGAACAUCUGGCCUUUAAGGGAACAAAGAAGCGCCCCCAGACUGCCUUGGAGCAAGAGGUAGAAAGUAUGGGUGCUCACCUCAGUACAUACACAACGCGUGAGCAGACGGCUAUCUACAUAAAGGCACUGUCCAAGGAUCUACCUAAAGCUGUUGAGAUUCUGGCUGAUGUGGUUCAGAAUAAGGGUCUGGAAGACUCUCAGAUUGAGAAGACACGUGAAAUGGUGCUGAGGGAGAUGCAAGAACUCGACUCAAACCUACAAGAAGUGUCAUUUGAUUAUCUUCAUGCCACUGCAUUUCAAGGAACAGCACUAGGCCAAACCAUUGUGGGCCCAACUGAAAAUAUCAAGAAGUUCACUCGGGCCGAUCUUCUUGAGUACAUCAACCUACAUUAUAAGGCACCUCGUAUGGUCCUUUCUGCAGCAGGAGGAAUCAAUCAUAAGGAACUUUGUGACUUGGCGCAAAGACAUUUUGGGGGACUUUCUUCAGAAUAUGAGAACGACAUUGUUCCUGUGCUUGCCCCAUGCAGAUUUACAGGAAGUGCGCUUUCUGCCCGCAAUGAUGACUUGCCCCUGGCUCACAUUGCUAUUGCAGUUGAAGGGCCAGGUUGGAAUAGCACAGAUAAUGUUGUUCUGGCCUUAGCAAACACUAUCAUAAGCAACUAUGAUGCUACAUAUGGAGGUGGGAAGAAUCUUUCCAGCAAUGUGGCAAGGACUGCAGCGGAGUACAAUCUGUGCCAGAGUUUCCAGACCUUCAAUAUCCGUUACUCUGACACAGGCCUCUUCGGAGUUCACUUUGUGACUGAUAAACACAAGAUUGAAGACAUGUUCCAUGUGGCUCAGGGAGAAUGGAUGCGCCUUUGUACCAGUGCAUCAGACAGUGAUCUGGCCCAAGCUAAGAAGGCUUUGAAAACUGCUCUGGUGGCCCAGUUGGAUGGAACAACCCUUGUGUGCGAAGAUAUUGGGCGUCAGAUAUUAGCUUAUGGGCAGCGCAUCUCCUUGGAGGAAUGGAAUUCCAGGAUUGAUGCUGUCAAUACCAAGACCUUGAGGGACGUCUGCUCCAAAUACCUCUAUGAUAGGUGUCCUGCUGUGGCUUCAGUGGGUCCCAUUGAGCAAGUUCCUGACUACAAUCGUAUCCGCAGUGCUAUGUACUGGCUGCGGUUCUAAACUCCAAAAAACUUGAACGUUGCUCUUGAGAGGAAAGAGUUUUUUUUCUGUGUAAAGCCAGAAAGUCUGCGGCUGAAUGUGUCACCAAAUAAAACGUUAGCACAACGUGUAACAAAACUUGUCUUCAAAUGUCUGUGCAUUGUCUAUUCUCAGAAUUGCUAAAAUAUGGAAUAAAAUUAGUAUAAAUUGGCA